AAAACCCAUCGCUCGAGAGAAGCGAGCCAAGCCAAGCCGAGCCGCCGCGGCAAGAGAACCAACCAACAACCCGCACCAUGACCUCCAAAUCCGAAAGGAAAAGCGUCAAAACCGAAUUUUCCUCAGCUGCCGGAGCACAGAUAUGAUUGAAACUCGGACCGGUCGACAUCAUCGCGUGAUUCCGUCGGUCGCGUGCCAAAGGUGUGUCUGAAAGGGAGUGAUUGUGCUAUACUACUGGUGCUGCUCCUGCUGCAGGCUGCCUACCUACAUCCUCCUCCACUGCUACUGGAUUGAACUAGAUUCAGAUCAGAGCUGGGGACAGAGUUGACUUGGGCAAAUUUGCACACAGAGUUGUGAUUAUAGUUUUCGUGGACCGCAGAAAGCUGUUAGCCAAGGUCGUCGAAGUGAAAGCCAACAGUGCCCGAAAAAAAGGAUGCCUGAUAUGAGCGGAGAAAAUGUGUAGCUGGAUCUGCUAUCUCUACAGCUUACGCUCGGUGUCAACAAAUUGAAGGUCCGGAAAAGUUGGGGUCAGGACUUAAGUAAGACGAAAGUGUAAACCAAAGCGGUGAAAAUGAGGCGAAGAAAAAAAAUCAUCCUUUUUGUAUGAGCAAGAUACGCUUCAAACUGUUCUCCGGUGGAAAUUGUUCUCUUAUUGCUCAAGCUACUGCACGCUUGGCGUGUAGAAGAAAUGGUGCUAUAGUUUACUGAAGAAGUGUAAAAUCAAUAUUUAAGAGAGCUAGUGUAUGGCUUGCGCCCAGGACACUUGGGCUAAGAAGAAGAGCAAGCAAGUGUGCUGCGGUUUAUUAGCAUAAUUUCAAGGAGCUCUCCACUUGAUUGGAACUUGUUAGGGCGAAGUGGUGCUCUACACUCUCGAUACCAAACGAAGCAACAGUUCAAUGUAGUAGCUUAGUAGUGUGGUGAUUUAUUUUGUGUAUACAUCGUCCUACUGUUCCAUCGAAAAGAAAAAUCAACGACAAGCAACGAUGAUCCCAACCACGUGCAGUUGGACGAUGAAAUGGAAAAGGUGUUCGGUUCGGUUGGCACCGAUAAGGAGCGGUUCGAACUGAAGCGCCUCAACGAUGAGGUGCUGGUGGACAACUCUCCGUUAAAGUACGACGAAUCACACCGGUCCGUGGAUAACCGUCCGUUGCUUUCGUCGGCGGCUCUUCGACCGAUGGAUAGCCCCGCUGCCGGCGGCGGUGGCGCCGGAGGAGGAGCAGGUGGCGAUGGGCCAAGCAGUGGACAGCACAACAAUGGGUCCCCACCGAUGAGCACCCCAACGAGUCCGAUUUCGAUUUCAUCGAAAAGCGAGACAACCACCAGACCAUCCAACGAUACCACGGUGGCGGACAACACGUCCAACGAUUUCAGCGAAGCGGUCAAUGAUGAACCCGUGGUGGACCAGGGAACACUGCAGGGAGAACAGUGGGAUGCGAGCGCCAGGAGAAACGUUCAUUUCGACAGUAAAGACCGUCCUCCGCAGUUUGAGGGGCUUCAGAUUGAGGACAGCAAUGAGGAACGACGACGCCGUACCGAGCGUCACCAUCCCCACAAAUCGAGGAAAUUUUCCCUGCAAGAGUACCACCCCGAGUGGAGGCGUCAAAGUGGAGCAGAAGGAGCCAGCACCAAUACCAGGAGGGUUUCCGUGCAACCCGAGGAUGCUGCGUUACAGGAAGCUGACAUAGAUGAACUGACCUCUCACCGGUCGGAUGACCCUAGAGCAUUGCGCCGUCACAAGGUGAGCGCUCAGUCCCAAACCCAGCCGGGGGGUCCAUCGAUGGUCAACAUCAACCGCAAGGAUGGCGACAAACUGCAGCACCUGCUUCCGUCGAACAAAUACAAGAAAAUGUACGAUCACAGCCCGCACGAGGUGUUCGUCCAGCUGGACGAGCUCACCGGAUCCGGUGAGGAACGCGAAUGGAAGGAAACGGCCCGUUGGAUCAAGUACGAAGAAGAUGUGGAAGAAGGAGCUGACCGUUGGGGUCGUCCACAUGUUGCCUCGCUGUCGUUCCAUUCGCUGCUGAAUCUGCGCCGUUGUCUCGAAACCGGUGUUGUGCUGAUGGACUUGGAGGAAAAGGACCUGCCCUCGGUUGCCUACCGGAUUGUGGAACAGAUGGUCAUCGAUGAGCUGAUCCACGAGGAUGACAAACCUACGAUUAUGCGGGCCUUGCUGCUCAGACAUCGUCACGUCAACGAACACUCCCAUGGUGGCUUUCAUUUCGGACCAAAGCGAAAGUACAGCAGCUACAGCAGCUUACAGUCGCUAUCCUUAAGGGCCGAGGAUGGCAAUGGUGAGGUAAUUGUUGGCGUCCGGAGACUUAACUCGUUCGUAAGUCCCACGCAAAGCUAUACUCUUAGCCCUCCCUCAUUGCAUCAUCCCAACUAUAGUCCUAGUUUAGCAUCUAAGCAGCAUCAGAACAAUAAUGGCCAUCAGCGACAUUCGGUCCAACGGCAGCCGAGCAGUGGGAGCACAUCGGGUGGAAGCGUCCAUCACCAUCCGCAUAAUAGUUCGCAUCAGCGCCACCACCAUCAACAGCACAAGCGUAGCGAAAGUCAGGACAGCAGCUAUGCGCUUCCGGUGGCCAUAACCACGGUCACCAGUGCCGUUGGUAUGCGACGAAACUCACCCAUCUCGCUGACCGUUGUAAAUGAAAGCGUAGACGACAAAAAGCCACGUAUCGUGCCAUCCAGUGAGAUCAACGGCCAUGGACAUGGCGAAACCAAGAUCAACAUGCACGAAGAGACGUACACCUCGUCGCAGGAGGACAUUAAAAUGCGCGCGCAGAAAGAAUCGAUCCUGAAACGCAUUCCGGAGGGUGCCGAAGCCACAACGGUGCUGGUCGGAUCGGUCGAUUUCCUGGAGCAACCAACCAUUGCCUUUGUCCGGUUGGCGGAGGGUAUCCCAAUGCCCAGUAUUACGGAAGUGCCGAUUCCGGUGCGUUUCCUGUUCAUUCUGUUGGGACCAAAGACUGCCGAGCUGGACUAUCAUGAAGUGGGUCGGUCAAUUGCCACGCUUAUGUCCAACGAGCAUUUCCAUGAUAUCGCAUACAGGGCGGACGACAGGAAGGACUUGCUUUCUGCCAUCAACGAAUUCUUGGACGAUUCGAUUGUGCUGCCACCGGGCAAGUGGGAACGUCAGGCACUGCUACCGUUCGACGAGCUGAAGGCCAAGAGUGAUAUGAUCCGAUUGAGAAAGAAGAAAGCAAUCGACGAAAAGAUCAAGAGCAAACAACCGCUACUGACCAGCGAAGAGGAAAAGAAGCUUCUGGCGGCAGCCGACGGUGAUGGGAAAAAGCCCACGAAAAACCCAUUGGAAAAGACUCACCGGCUGUGGGGUGGCCUGAUAAACGAUAUUAAGAGGAGAUAUCCCAUGUAUAAGAGUGAUAUUAAGGAUGGCUUGAACACGGAAACUCUUGCGGCCACUGUAUUCAUGUACUUCGCUGCUUUGUCAACGGCUAUUACGUUCGGAGGUCUUGCAUCGGAUAAGACACAUAAUUUGAUUGGUAUUUCUGAAACAUUGGUCUCUGCCUCGAUGGUUGGCAUCGUGUUUCAUUUGUUUUCCGGUCAACCGCUGGUCAUCAUCGGUACCACUGGCCCGCUGUUGCUUUUCGAUGAAGCACUCAAUCAAUUUUGUAUAUCGAAUGAUUACAACUUCUUGACGGUACGCGUCUACGUAGGCAUUUGGCUAGCCGUCAUUGCUUUGGUGGUAUCUGCCUUUGAAGGCAGUGUCUACGUACGACUGUUCACUCGAUUCACUCAAGAAAUCUUCUCCGCUUUGAUCACAUUGAUCUAUAUCGUUGAAACUGUUAUGAAGUUGAUCUACGUUUACGGCCGACAUCCGCUUCUUGCUGAAUACCAGUACAAGAAUGUGACCAUCACUCCGCAGCCAUUGCUCGAAAGCGAAUCCAACUCAACAAUUGAUUCAUCGGUUGGACUCCUAGCAGAAAGUCUUACGGCUGUUUCGAAUAUCACCGUUGCCCCACUGUCAAGCAACUUGCUACCCCCAUCGGACGCUAUUGGACCAUUGAAUCAACCCAACACCGCCUUAUUCUGCACGAUUCUCACACUGGGAACAUUCUCGCUUGCUUACUAUCUGAAACUGUUCAGAAACUCUCAUUUCCUGGGACGUAACGCUCGGCGUGCCCUUGGUGAUUUCGGUGUGCCAAUCUCGAUUGCUAUCUUCGUGCUCAUCGAUUAUAUGAUUCCGCAAGUGUACACGGAAAAGCUCAGCGUUCCGGAGGGUCUUUCCCCGAGUGACGAAACCCGUCGAGGAUGGAUCAUUCCUUUGGAUGGCGUUCCCGGCUGGAUGCCAUUCGUUGCCGGAAUCCCUGCAUUGUUGGUUUACAUCCUGAUCUUCAUGGAAACGCACAUUUCCGAACUGAUUGUCGAUAAACCGGAGCGCGGAUUGAAGAAGGGAUCCGGUCUGCACAUGGAUAUCGUACUGCUGUGCUUCCUCAAUACGGUGUGCGGAUUCUUCGGAAUGCCGUGGCACUGUGCAGCUACCGUCCGUUCGGUGACGCACGUGUCUGCGGUGACGAUUAUGUCCAGAACACAUGCACCUGGUGAAUCUCCCCACAUUACGGACGUGAAGGAGCAGCGCAUUUCCGGAUUCUUCGUCUCGUUGAUGGUGGGACUUUCGGUCACUAUGGCACCGAUUCUACGACUCAUCCCCAUGUCCGUGCUGUUCGGUGUUUUCCUGUACAUGGGUAUCGCAUCGAUGAGCGGAGUUCAGUUCUUCGAAAGAUUGCGACUGUUCUUCAUGCCCGUUAAGCAUCACCCGCAGGUGCCGUUCGUGCGCCGGGUGCCUUCCUGGAAGAUGCACAUCUUCACAGCGGUGCAAAUUAUGGCCCUGGCCAUGCUGUGGGCCGUCAAGUCAUCAGCCUUCUCUUUGGCGUUCCCAUUCUUCCUCAUCAUGAUGGUGCCGAUCCGGAAGCAGAUGGAAAGAAUGUUCAGCCCAUUGGAACUCCGAGCGCUGGAUGGUAGCCAACCCAACGAGGGAGCCGAAGAUGAACCUGACUUCUACGAGCAAGCGCCAAUUCCCGCUUAAAACUUAAGCGGCUUAGUAUUAGGUGAAAAGUGCAACCCACAAAAAAAUAAGCAAAAAGAAACAAAUCCACAUAAACCCAUUCUAUUUGUAUUGUGCAUUGAUUUUGCGACGUUUGUUAUGUUUGACCAAGUCAGAACGCGUUAUUCGACACAAUUGUUUCACUUAUUUACAACUUGUAUGGUAGAAUUAGUGCAAACUUAAAAAGAGCAAAAUCGAUUCGUCCAUGCAUAUUAUUAUACAUUGUUUACAUAACAGCUCGAUCGGACGAAACUUCUAUGAAGUACAAUAAAGUUUUGUUAAAUGUUUACCAGUUAUUCAUCGUGCACACAAAUUACGUGAAGUUGAGCGGUUAGAGUCUAUACUUAUAUUUUUCUACGGAUACUUUUUAUUAGUGACACGUCUAGGAUAACACCACUGAAUACAAACAAUAAAUUCAAAAUCAUUAGAAAUCCUUUCUCUGCGCAAAAUUUUCCCAUUCGAAUAAAAUUCAAAGAAAAAAUCAAAAUUAGACUAAUAAAUCAAAGUGAAUAAUUCAGUAAUACAAUUACACUUACAUUGAAAAGUAGAUUUUCAUUCAUCAUGUAGAUUAGUUACAUUUUCCCAAUACA